UGCUUCGAGAUCGCCAUGUCGCGCACCUCGACCCUCUUGCUCGCAGCCCUCUGCUCGGCCGAUGCGCUCAGCAUCGGCAGCGCGCCGACGAUUACGAGCCGGGCCGCAGUCGCGAUGGGUGACAAGCCCGCAAACAUUCCGACGAAAAUGAAGUGGGUGCCCUUCGUGUCCGCCUCAGAGGCGCAGAAGGGGACUGCUGUCGCGGGUUUCCAGUACGGCCUCGAGAUUGCCGUCGUCACCGACACGACCGGCAAGCAGUACGCGAUCGCCAACAAGCUGCCGCCCUUUGGCCAGCCCGCGACCUUCGGCACCAUCGGGGCUGGCACCAUCACCGACCCGGUCACUCUCUCCACCUGGGACCUGAAGACGGGCAAGCCAAUCGGCGCGUGGUGCCCGGCACCGCCGCUCAUCGGCCCCAUCAUCUUCAACGCGCUCUCGUCGCCUUCGCCGCUCACCGUUUUCCCUUGCCGCAAGUCCGGCAACAAGAUCGAGGCCAACGUCAACGUCAACGCCAAGGCUCAGUUCGAGUCUGGAUACUGGCGCGGCGUCCUCGAUGCGCAGGGCAAGACCGAUGGCGGCUACUACUAGAGGGGCGCCCCGGGGUAGGAGGAGGAGGAGGAGGAGGCCACGCUUGGGGCGGGGACAGCGCCCGCAACCUUUGCAGAGGCAUCACGCGCGGCCCGAUGCUGCGGGGGGGGGGGGGUCCCUUCUGUCGACGGCCCCCUCCGAGACGCGUGCGGCGCGCGAUAAACGGCGGGAGCGCGUGGUUUGUGAAUCUUUUGCAUUUCUGUUUGUGUGAAGAACAGCGACGGGUCGCUCGCAGCAGGCAAA